AUAUUUAGAAAAAUCAAUGAGCGAGAUUUCCAUCUCGAGUCAUGACGUUGACGUGCUUGAGAAGCGUUUCACUUGCUGGAACAGUUUGCCGAUGGAACUGAAAGUUAAAGUCGUUCGGAAUCUGCCGUACCCAACACUGAGGAACUUCAUGUUUCUUAGCAAGGAGUGCAUGGAAAUUGCGUUAUUGCUAAAAGCUUCAGUGCAUGCAGUCUUCCUUUUGGAUGCGGAGUACGGGAUGGAUGACGAGGACGGUGUGAGAGGAGUACGCUCUUUUGCAAAAAUCGUCGUGAACGACAGGCCGCACGGAUCAUCUGACGCGGAUAGUGAGAGCUAUACUAUCGGAUUUGCCGGUAGGAGCUGCAUAGCGCGCAGGAUAAAAAAAGAAGGGCAGAAUGUGGGAGGACUAGAAUAUCCUAUGGAGUCGUGCUACGCUGUCUCGAUGCGUGUGCUAUUUCAAAUUACGAAGUAUCUGAAACCGGAGAUCGUAGGUUUGGAAUUGGUAAACAUUAGAGAUGUCAAAGGUGCCUUGAGGAAGCUACCAUCCACAUCAUCGCUCACAUGUGAAGCGCUUACUGUACGCUCGACUGAUCUCUCUUUUCUUCCGAUGCUUAUGCCUCAUGUAACUCCCGGAUGCCAAUUACGAUUUCAAUGCGAUCCAUUCUCAUUCGGAGUUCUUUCUAAUAAUGUGAAUUCCGAAGUUUUCGACUUUGAAGUGGUAAAGGCUGCUCCCUUCAUCGAUAUCGAUGUUAACUGCGAUAUCAGUGACGAGCAACUGGUUCAUCUGAGAGCAUCCGAGCUUCGUGUGACAUGGAGAGCGCCCGGAAUUUCGGAAAAGGGACUUAACGGCCUGAUAUUGCAAUGGAUGGAAGGGAGGCGAAAAAUAGUCAGGAUCUGCAUUACGACGAAAACGUUCAACUACGACAUGAUCUUUGAGAAUGUUGACAAAACCAAAGUUCAGUCUAAUUCUCUUGAACUUCUGCAAAUUCCUUUUUUCGACAAAUACGUGGAAUCAUACCCUCGAUACGAGCGUCUUGCCUUGCUUCGCAACGGAUUGGGUGAUCGGCUACUUGUGAACAUAAGCUUCAACUUUUGCGAGAUAGUGGACCCUUAUUCAGAGUACAUGUCACGAUAUCGUUAGUUUCGCAUCAUUUCAAAUAACCUCGUUCUAUAAUCCAUAACUACUACUCUUAUGCGCGAUUUAUAGUUUAGGUUGUUGUUGACAUUUAAAAGCAAGGUAGUGUAUCGAAUCUUGAUUACUAUUUCAACUGAUGA